CGUCAUACCCGAUUUCUCUCCCCCCACAACCAGCAAAGCUUCGUUUAUCCACACUUCCCCUUCCGUUCAUUUGAAUUCCUUCGUGUGUAUUCUCCGACGAUGUGCGACUGCUUGCACUCGGCUCCUCCGGCCUUCUCUUUGACAAGAUUUCACGAACCAGUCUUCGUCAGAUCUUACUGCCUACAAAGAUUGUCAAAUUCGAAGUCUCAGUUUCAUCGGCAGCUUGUUCGUCGCUCUUCCAGAGUAGUUGCCACGAGAGCCAGCAGCAAUGGAGACGAUUUAGGGUUCAAGGACGAAACAAAGGAGCAUCUCGACUUCAAACCGAAACAGCUAGAUGCGAGUCUAAGCAGAAUCGAGAGGGAUUCGAAGAACGCUAAUGGCGAGGGUGAUGACACACAGAACUUGUUGGAUAGGGUUAGAGAGGGUAAUGGAAGGAGUGUUUCUAGUAGAGGGAGACAAGUUAUCAAGAGGUCGAGUUUGAUCGCGAAGCAAGUGAUUUCGGUUCAAUCUGCUAUUAGUUUGGGUUUCGUAUCUCAGCUUUGGGUGGAUACUACUUCUUGGGCGGUAUUAGUUGUAGAAGUGAGGCGAAACUUGCUUUCUGGUGAAGCUGAAAGGCUUCUUCUCGAGGAUGUCAGCCAGGUUGGUGAUGUUGUGCUUGUUGAGGAUGAAAGUGUGAUGGAGAAUGAAACAAAAAUGGUCGACCUUGAAACAUUGGUAGGAUAUAGGGUUGAAACACCACGGAGACGGAACAUUGGGAAGGUACGAGGGUACUCAUUCAACAUUAAUUCAGGGGCAAUUGAGUCACUUGAGCUUGAUUCCUUCGGAAUUUCCAUCAUUCCGUCAAGUUUGGUGAGUACCUAUGCCUUGCUUGUUGAGGAUAUCCUGGAAGUUCUAUCGGACACGGUUGUUGUGCAUGAAGCAGCAGCAUCACACAUCCAGAGGCUAACGAAGGGUCUCUUGGACACCCAGAAUGUGGGGACUUCCAUGGAUGAUUUUGACGAAGACUCUGAGUUGCGGAGGCCUAUUACAUCUGAUCGUGGUAGGAGGAGCACGCAUAGAAGUGUCAGGCGGCAGAAAUUUGAUUCGAAGAUCAGAGAAAUGGAGGAUGACCUGGAGCUGCCAAUGGACUACUUAUGACCUUUUUUUAUCCUUUCUAAUUUUUUUUUACCUGUGUCCUACUUCUUGCACACGCGUGUAUGUGUGUAUCAGUGUAUAUAUAUAUAUGCAUCGAUGGCUCUGCUUUCAUUAGUUAUAAUGUGCUCGGAUUUUCAAUGGCAGUAUGGAGUGAAAACUUGUUGAGGCGCUUUCUCAAUCUGAUUGAAUGAAUAUAUUUGGUUGGUUAUGAUA